AGAGACACAGAGAGAGAGAGAGAGAGAGAGAGAGAGAGAGAGAGAGAGAGAGAGAUUCACACACACACACACACACACACACACACACACACACACACACAGAGAGAGACACAGAGAGAGAGGGGGGAGAGGGAGAAAGACACAGAGAGACACACAUACAGAGAGAGAGAGAGAGAGAGAGAGAGAGAGAGAGAGAGAGAGAGAGAGACACACACACAAACGGAGAGAGACACAGAGAGAGAGGGGGGAGAGAGAGAGAGAGAGAGAGACAAACAGAGAGAGACAGAGAGAGAGGGGGGGGGGAGAGAGAGAGAGAGAGAGAGAGAGAGAGAGAGAGAGAGAGACACACACACAAACGGAGAGAGACACAGAGAGAGAGGGGGGAGAGACACACACAGAGAGAGAGAAACAGAGAGAGACACAGAGAGAGAGGGGGGGAGAGAGAGACACACACACACAGAGAGCGAGAGAGAGAGAGAGAGAGAGAGAGAGAGAGAGAGAGAGAGAGAGAAUUUCCAGCUGAUCACAGGACAGCAGCAGUAGCAGCAGCACUCGGAUCGGCUGCAUCCUGGAUCCUGCGGUGUGGUCAUGUCUGGAUUCUUUCUACCUGUGCUGUUGCUCCUCCCCCUGGUGGCCUCUGUCCCCUCCCCCUCCAGGUCACCACCCAAAUACUGCCGCAGGUGCUGCGAUCACCUGGAUCCUCCCCUCAGCAACUCACCCCGUCCCGUGGCCUAUCAAACACCAGAGGUUCGCACGUACAUUAACAUGACCAUUCUCAAAGGAGAUAAAGGCGAUCGAGGUGAGAGAGGUACUCCGGGUAAGGCAGGAGCAGAAGGUCCUCCAGGUCCCAGAGGCACCAUUGGCCUUAAAGGCAGCAAAGGGCAGGCUGGGGCUCCAGGAGACCCCUGCAAGACACAGCACUCGUCUUUCUCGGUGGGCCGCAGGAAGGCCCUCCACAGUGACGACUAUUACCAGGCACUGCUUUUUGACACCGUCUUCGUCAACCGUGAUGAACACUUCAACAUGUUUAAAGGCAAGUUCUACUGUUAUGUACCGGGUAUUUACUUCUUCAACAUCAACAUCCACACAUGGAACUUCAAGGAGACCUAUCUGCACCUGAUGCAGAAUGAACAGGAGCAGGUGAUCCUGUAUGCACAACCCAGUGACCGCUCCAUCAUGCAGAGCCAGAGUGUCAUGCUUUCUCUUGAGCUUAACGAUGAAGUCUGGGUGCGCCUCUUCAAGCGCGAGCGUGAGAAUGCCAUUUACAGCGAUGACGUUGACGUCUACAUCACCUUCAAUGGCUACCUGGUGGUUCCUGCCGUAUAGAAAUGGCGUCGAAUGGAUGGUUUCCCAAUACUGAGAGUAGGAAUUAUGGAUUAAGGCUUCUCUCAGGGAAAGCAUGUGCCAAUGGAGUUCUCUGAAGAGGAAGGAAGCAGUGCUAAUUUAAUAAUAAAAAUGCAUUAGGUACAUUUAGCUGACAGAUGAUUAACAUAUUGGUGCUAAAAUAGCUGACUCGCUAACAAUUUGAUUUGGUACCUUUGGUACCCUUUUAACCCUUUAGUUUUUUGAUGUGUUAAAUAUGAUUAAUUUGGCUGCAGAGCAGCUUCAUUAACUUAUCAAUGGGCAAUACUAUGCAGAAUAUCUUUUAAAUCUUCUCAGAAACUUCUUCUGAGCACAGCAUUGCACAUUGUGAAAGUAAAUCAGGUCACCUGUACUGUAUCUGUCCUUCCAAAAAAAACAACUCACUUCCUGAAAGAGGGUUGACUGGAAAAUACUCCAGACUUACAUAAGCAUUUGGCUUGGAUCAUCGUCUUUACUUUUUACCAUGUUUCUGGAACCAGCCUGGUCUGAGUAAGAGCUUAUGUUUGUUGAGGUCUUAGCUUAUACCAGCUGGACAGGCUUUUUGAGUGACAUUAACACCUUAUCCAGAGUGACAGGAGGUGAAGGCGCAGCAACAGUAAUACCUAGGCAGGAACCAAAAACUAGAUCCAUCCUGCUAACUUUCAAAAACGCAAUGAAAAAGAAUCAAUCCAUUUUCGGGGUCAUAAGCAGUCCAAUUUUCUUUUUAGCAUAAAUGCGUAAAUAAGGGAUUAGAUAGUUGGCAUGUGGUAAAGGAUGAAUACAUUGUGAAGAUAUAUGGUUAGAUGAGAUAUAUCAACUUAUCCCAUUCCCUUUAAAAAACUGUGUGUACACUGUUGGUGUAAUGACAUACGAUUGGAUUUCAGUUAUAUAUUCGCUGGUAUAAAUGACCAGUGGCCUGCAGUGUCAGUCAGCUAGCUAUUUAUCAAUAACUAUAACAAUUAUGUUUGCAGUCUUUUGGUGCAUUAUCGCAGGUUUUCCAAUGUAGGUCCUAGCUAAAGCCUUGUAUUCAUUUGACUGGUUUUUAAAGGAAAAAAGUCAUUAAAUCAACUCUCUUUAAUUAGAUGUUGAUGUUAGGAGACUUAAAUAGCGUAUAAAUCAGAAAAAUACCAUUACCCUUGCAUCUGUACUAAGUCUGUAAUAUUAUCACAAUCUUGGUCCAAAGUGGUUUAAAUAUCCUGGUAUUGGCAGCUAUUGACAGUCACUCCUCUUUCUGCACUCAUAUCAGCUUAGGCAUUUUAAUGAUGAUCAUGAAAAUAGCAAUUGUGCAAGAACAAGAAAAUUUGGCUGAUGCCCAACCAAAUUAGCAUUACGGAUGUGAUAUACCACUUGCCCUUGUACAAAAAAUGAAUCCUGAAAGCUUUUAUACCCGCUCUGUGUGUUAAGAUAAUGCAGCCUGAUGGAUUCAUUUUAACACGAUUUAGCACUUAAGUAUGACAAAAGGAGGUUUUAUGGUAAAAUGGCCAAAAAAGAAUAGGCAACUGGCAAUCAAUUUGAAACAGUCUUGCACAGUAAAUAUGCUUUUCUGACUCAUGUGUAAAUGCACCCCAUUACUCAUGAUAGCAUUGUGUAAAGCUCAUAUCACAUUGUGGAUUGCGAGGAUGGAGGAUGGUACGGCAUGAACUAAGGGUCAGCGGAACGUCGAGGAAAUAAACAGAAUAGUGUAAAAGUGUCUAAACUGAGCUGUCUUAAUACUGUAUCACUCAUUUUGAUUGGAGCUGAAAGAAAAGAGGCCACCCAUCUGUCUCUGGAAGGAAACCCAGCUGCGUUAGACCUGCUAUGUUUAUAGACACCAGAAACAGGAAACCAGACCAGCUAUCUGUAAUCACAACCAGAGUCAAGUCAGUGAGAGAGAGAGAGAGAGAGAGAGAGAGAGAGAGAGAGAGAGAGAGAGAGUAAUGAAGGACAUUGGGGUGGGUCCUUGCUCGAAAUAAAUCACACAUCACUUUUUUUUUUGUUUUUUUAUCACUACACAAUAAAGCAGCCUGCUGUCAGAACCAAUAUUAGUCACUAAUACAGCCAUACAGCCAAGAACAGUUGGUAGAGGCCAAAAAAGUGUGUAGGUUGGAAUUAUUUUUGCUGUUAAAGACAUUUUUAACAUCUAAAAUGGCUAGUUCUGGACAGAGAAGACCACUCUUGGCUGGGGCAGACUUAAUUCAACACAGAUGUUAUUUUACUGUAUGAACAAUUAAACAAAGGGCUACAAGAAGGUCACGGUGAGACAGAGUCUACAGAAAACUCCAAACAUUCGGAUCUUCUUAAAUUUUCCCCACUGUAUAAAUGUGGUUUUAAUUGUAUUGAGGAGGUUUACAGUGUUUGUUGAUUUUGGAUCGGUUUUCUGCAUGUAUGUGUGCGAGUCUGGGUUUUGUUUAGUCUUGAUUUCCAGGUUGUUUUGCCGCUGUAACCUCAAACUCAGGCCUUUGACAACUAUAGAUAUAGCAAGUCUCUGACUGAAACACUAUUGAGUUCCUGUGUUUGUCUCAGGCACUGCCAUGUGACACGGUUAUAUUCGUUUCACAGUGCAACUAGAAAAAUCUUCUACCAUCAAAAACCUUAACCACAACAAGGCCUCAGAGUGAGGCUAGUACUGGCUGGAGUUAGGGCAUCACAAGAAAAUCCAAAUUACAUGAUUUUAGGUGAUCCUACAAUCAAAAACCUGACUCUGGGUGAGGUUAGUGUUAGCUUGAGUGAGGAUAUAACAAGAAAAUCCAUCAUAUGAGAUUUUCAGGUGAUCCGACAAUCUGAGCAAGGCAAGCAUUGUCUGGAAUCUGUAUAUUACAAGAAAAUCCUUCUUCAGGUGAGAAUACUGUCAAAAACAUGCGUCAAAGUAAGGCUAGUAUUUUCUGUAGCUAGCAUAUUACAACAAAUUCCAUGUUCAGGUCAUUUUGUUAUCAAAACUUGCCUCAGAGUGAGGCUAGUAUUAGCAUAUAAUUUAUGAGAUUUCCAGGUGAUUUUGCUACCAAAACUGACCCAGAAUGCGGCUAGUUUUGGCUGAAGUUAGCAUAUCACAAGAAGGUUAAUAUAAGAUUUUCAGGUGAUUUUACCAUUUGAUUCAGAAUAAUUGCUAAUAAUUGGCUAUGGUUAGUAUAUGACAAGAAAAUCAAUUUCAUGAGAUUUUCAGGUGAUCCUAUUAUCCAUGAAAAUUGACUCAGGGUAAGGCCAGUAUUUUCUGCAGUUUGUAUAUUACAAGAAGAUCCAUUUCAAAUAAUAAUACUAUUAAAACAUGUCUCAGAGCGAAGUUUGUAUCAGCUGGAGUUAGCACAAGAAUGUUCAUUUAUGAGAUUUUCAGUUGAUCCUAACAUAAACAACAACAACAACAACAACCACCACCUGGCUCUAAGUGGGAUUAGCACUGGAGUUCUCAAAUAACACAAAAGUCAAUUUAUGAUAUUUUCAAGAGAUCCUGCAAUCAAAAACCUGACUCAGAGCGAGGCUAGUAUUUUCUGGAGUUAGUAUAUUAACAGAAAUCCCAUUUUCAGGUUACAGUACUAUCAAAAACAUACCUUAGCUUCCAUUACCGUAUGAGAAGAGAGAUUAUUUAUGAGAUUUUUAGGUGUUUUUGCCAUUGAAAAACUGACUCAGAUUAAGGCUAGCAUUGUCUGGAGUUGAUAUAUUACAAGAAUUUUUUUAGGUGAUCAUACUAUCAAAAACAUGAUAUGGGGUGAGGCUGGUUGUUAAUAGGAUCAAACAUUUGACAGGGAGACAUUACCAUGCUAACAUUAAAGUAAGCUGUUACGUCCAAAUACAGUUUAGCAAACAUGGCUCAUAUACUUUAACCUUCCUAGCAGCGUUUCUAGCUCCACCAAAAUCUGUUCCAUUUUACAGCUAAUCCAGAUGUUACCAUGGACGUUCAGAUGACUGGAAUAAAACAAGGCAAAGGUCUAAUGUCAACCUUGGAGAACUUACCACAGAAGGCAUGAAGUUGUUUAUAUUUCUGACCCAAUGGUUUGACUUGUCUUUAAAAGUAAUUUUUUAAAUUAAGGUAAUAUUUUUUUUACGACCUUCUAUCAGGAACUGAGAGUGUCAUAACAGCUUGCCUGUCACACCGAGCCUUUCCAUACUGCGUUUCACACUUGAGCAAAUUACACAUGUCAGCCGUUGAAAUUACAUCAUGUUUGCAAUUACAAAAAAUUUGUUCAAGCUGGGACAUAAACACCUGGUGUUCUCCAGGUUUUCUGAUGCUGGGACUGAAAUUGGUGCUGUAUUAUAAUGGUGCUGAAUUAUAGGUUUACUGGCAAAAGUGCACUUUUUUUGUAUACAUGAAUAUAAAUAUUGCUUGUAUUAUGUAAAUAUUUUUUUUAUGUACCAAAUAUCAAUAUUAAAUUCUGCAGCAAAGUGA